AUGGCGGCAGCAUCGCACCCAGGCCAUGGCGCUCCGGCCCGCGACGACCGCCUGCCGGACAUCAUCCAGAUCAAGCAGCUCGUCGUUCGGAUGAUUGUCGGCGUCGACAACUGGGAGCGAGUCUCGCCCCAGACGAUCACCAUCGAUGCAAAGGUCCACACCGACGUCUCAAAGGCCGGCAAGAGCGACCACCUGCCCUACAGCAUCCACUACGGCAUCCUCGUCAAGCAGCUCGAGGCCCACUGCAGCGCUCACCGCUACCGCAGCCUCGAGGCUCUCGCCGAGGGCCUCGCCAAGAUCUGCAUCUUUGUCUGCCACGCUCCGCGGGUCACGCUCAACGUCGAAAAGCCUCGCUCGCUCCUCCACGCCGCGUCGGCGGGCGUGCAGAUCGUCAGGACUGCCCGGGACUUUGAAGACGCCCACGGCAACCCGGUCUCGGAUCAGGUCGAGGCGGACCAGCUGUCCAGCCUGCGACUCUCGCCGCGCUCCCAGUGGGCCGUCGAGGACAAGGUCGUGGUCCGCGACCUGGUCAUCAAUGCCAUCCUCGGCGUCAACCCAUGGGAGCGCGAGGACAAGCAGGACAUCAAGCUGAACCUCGUCAUCCAUUCGGGCCUGGAGCGGCUGCGGCAGGCAGGCCAGAGGCAGUCGGGCAUCGUCGACGUCGUCAGCAAGCCCCACAACUACCGUACCAUUGUCCGCAGCAUCACCGAAUACGUCGAGCAGAGCUCGUACAAGACCGUCGAGAGCCUGGCCACCUCGAUCGCCCGCGUCGCCAUCCUACACAACAAGGUCGAGCGCAUCCGCGUCAGCGUCGACAAGCCGAGCGCCAUCAUGUUUGCCGCCAGCGCCGGCGUCGAGGUCGACCGCGGCCGCGAGUUCUUCGAAGAGGAGGCAAGGCAGGAGGCCUCGGCGGCGGCGGCGGCGAGAUCGCAGGCACCCGUGUCCGCCCUGGCUGGCGCGCCCAAGCCGGCGUUGGGGGACCUCGCCGCCGGUAGCGAGUGGCACAUUGCCGCGAUCGCGCUUGGAUCAAACGUCGGCGAUCGCGCUGCGAACCUGGAGCGGGCGGUACAGGCACUGGGCGAGGCCGAGGGCUGCGUCGUCGUCGACACCAGCUUCCUGUACGAGACGGCGCCUAUGUACGUGACGGACCAGCCUCGCUUCCUCAACGGAGCCUGCAGGAUCGCCACUACGCUCUCGCCGCACAAACUGCUUCGCCUGACGCAGUCGAUCGAGACCAAGCUCGGCAGGGACAAGACGGGCGUGCCGGACAAGGGCCCGCGCAGCGUCGACCUCGACAUCCUCCUCUACGACACGCUGGAACUGGACGACGGGCCGAAGCUCGUGAUCCCGCAUCCGGCCAUCAAGGAGCGCGAGUUUGUCCUGGAGCCGCUCAAGGACAUCCUGCCCGAGUUCGAGCACCCCAAGCACUCGCGGACGAUAGCCCAGCUGCUGACGAUGCUGCAAAAGUCGCCCGACUAUGAGCCCAGCGGCAUCAAGAGGGUGAUGCCCAUGCCCUGGCCACGGACCGCCAACGCCUCCGCGCCCGCAGACACGCCGCUGUGGUCGUGGGGCUCCAAGACGUUUAUCAUGGGCAUCAUCAACGCCACGCCCGACUCGUUUUCCGACGGCGGCGACAACCAGCGCGUCGAGACGGCACUGCAGACGGCGCUGGACAUGAUUAGGGAGGGCGCCGACAUCCUCGACAUCGGCGGCAUGAGCACGGCGCCCAACGCGCCAGACAUCUCGCCGGACGAGGAGGCGGCCCGCGUCUGCCCGAUCAUCCGCGCCAUCCGGCAGGCGGGCGUUGCAGUGCCCAUCUCGAUCGACACGUUCCGCGCCUCGGUGGCGGAAGCGGCGCUCGAGGCCGGGGCCAAUAUUAUCAACGACGUCAGCGGCGGCGAGCGCGACCCGCGCAUCCUCGACGUGGCACGGCAGCACGCCGUGCCCUUUAUCCUGAUGCACAUGCGCGGCGACAGCAAGACCAUGACCCGCCUGACCAAGUACGAGGGCGACAACGUGCUCGAGGGCGUCAAGGAUGAGCUGGCGCAGCGGCUCGAUGCGGCGCUGCGGCGCGGAGUGAGGCGGUGGAACAUCAUCCUCGACCCUGGCAUCGGCUUCGCAAAGGACCAGAAGGGCAACGGCCUGCCUGGCAGCCGAAGCGGGCUCGGCGGCGAGAGCGAGUACGAGCUGGCCACGCGCCCCCUGGCCUCGCUCGCUCAGUUCCCCGUGCUCCUCGGCCCCAGCCGCAAGCGCUUCCUCGGUAGCAUCACCGGCCGCUCGGAGCCCAAGGAGCGCGUCUACGCCACCGCCGCGGCCUGUGCUGCCGGCAUCGCCAGCGGCGUCGACAUCCUUCGUGUCCACGAUGUCCGCGAGAUGGUGGAUGUCUCGCGCACCUGCGACGCUAUCUACCGGUCGUAG